ACUCUGUUCUUCACGUCGACUUGUUUCAUCGGCAGUGAGGGCCACAGUAAAAAAAAGCUACCCCAGCAUUUCCAUUCCAACAUGCAGUAUUUUCAUAAACUCUGAACUUUUUAAGGCACCCAUGAAGAAGAGAGUGGCCAUCAUCGGAGCAGGUGUCAGUGGCCUGGCCUCCAUCAGGAGCUGUCUGGAGGAGGGACUGGAGCCCACCUGCUUUGAGAGGAGCAAUGAUGUUGGGGGCCUGUGGAAAUUCUCAGACCAUGCAGAAGAGGGCAGGGCUAGUAUCUACCGAUCAGUCUUUACCAACUCUUCCAAAGAAAUGAUGUGUUUCCCAGACUUCCCCUAUCCUGAUGACUUCCCCAACUUCAUGCAUAACAGCAAGCUCCAAGAAUAUAUCAUUUCAUUUGCCAAAGAAAAGAACCUUCUAAAAUACAUACAGUUUGAGACAUUUGUAACCAGUAUAAAUAAAAGUCCUGAUUUCUCAACUACUGGCAAAUGGGAAGUUACCACUGAAAAGAAUGGUAAAAAAGAAACAGCUGUCUUUGAUGCUAUAAUGAUUUGUUCUGGGCAUCAUGUGUACCCCCAUCUACCAAAAGACUCCUUUCCAGGUUUAAACCGUUUUAAAGGCAAAUGCUUCCACAGCAGGGACUAUAAGGAACCAGGGAUGUGGAAGGGAAAGCGAGUCCUGGUGAUCGGUCUGGGGAACUCGGGCUGUGACAUUGCUGCAGAAGUCAGCCACGUAGCUCAACAGGUCAUCAUCAGUUCCAGAAGUGGAUCCUGGGUGAUGAGCAGAGUCUGGGAUGACGGCUACCCCUGGGACAUGUUGGUGAUCACUCGAUUUCAAACUUUCCUCAAGAACAACUUGCCCACAGCCAUCUCUGACUGGUGGUACAUGAGACAGAUGAACGCAAGGUUCAAGCAUGAGAACUACGGCUUGAUGCCUUUAAAUGGAACUCUCAGGAAAGAACCCGUGUUCAAUGAUGAGCUCCCAGCACGCAUCCUGUGUGGCACCGUGUCCAUCAAGCCUAACGUGAAGGAGUUCACAGAGACCUCCGCUGUGUUUGAGGAUGGGACCGUGUUUGAGGACAUUGACUGUGUCAUCUUCGCAACAGGCUACGGUUAUGCCUAUCCCUUCUUGGAUGACUCCAUCAUCAAAAGCAGAAACAAUGAGGUCACCUUGUACAAGGGCAUCUUCCCUCCUCAGCUGGAGAAACCAACCAUGGCAGUGAUUGGCCUUGUCCAGUCCCUUGGUGCUGCCAUCCCCACAACUGACCUGCAGGCACGCUGGGCUGCACAAGUAAUAAGGGGAACUUGCAUGUUGCCUUCUGUUAAAGACAUGAUGGAUGAUAUUGAUGAGAAAAUGGGUAAAAAGCUCAAAUGGUUUGGCAGCACUCAGACCAUUCAGACGGAUUACAUUGUUUACAUGGAUGAACUGGCCUCCUUUAUUGGAGCAAAGCCCAAUAUCCGACAGCUGUUUCUGAAGGAUCCCAGGUUGGCCAUAGAAGUGUUCUUUGGCCCUUGCAGCCCCUACCAGUUCCGGUUGGAAGGUCCAGGGAAGUGGUCAGGAGCCAGAAACGCCAUCCUAACCCAGUGGGACCGGUCACUGAAGCCUAUGAACACACGUGUCGUUGGUGGUGUUCGGAAGCCUUGCUUAUACCUCUAUUUGCUCAGGCUCCUCUCUGUUCCUAUUCUGCUCAUUGCUCUUUUCCUUGUGUUGAUCUGAUCGCAGUUUUCUCUAGAAUUUCUGAUAGUCACUGACAGUAAGUGGGCAGGAAUUUUGCUAUUUAAAAAAUGAAGAUUCUCAUACCUCUCCCUUUCCUGUUCAAGAUCAUUUGGCAGGACUCUAGGCAUUAUUUAGAAAGCAAGACAGUGUUGCUCUGGCCUUCUACAUAGGCCACUUUCAGAAUCUUAUUGGUCUUCAGGGGGCAUGAAUCAGGCCUCUUUCAGUUCCACUAACACUUAAAAAUGGGAACUAUGUUUUUAUGUCCCUCUUGAAUCAUUUCCUGAAACUCUUGGAAGUGGUGCCUUUUCUCUUUUAAACGAUGCUUGAAAGAAGAAACUUCAAAAAUAAACAGUGAAUAAAAUAGAACAUUUAGAAUA